UAGCAUGCCCCCCUGACUGUCAUUGUCACAAGUUACUGACACAAAAGUGCCACAGUGACGUAGUGCACAAAAACAAAUAUCAAUAUUGUUUUUGUAAACUUUCUCCAAACUCUGAACGAAUUGAUGCGUGAUAUUUAAUGCUGACAGCGUUUGCUACAUUCCCAUUUUCCCCGAUUUUGAAGUGCUAAAUCCACCGCGAUGCCUUCGAACUUUUCACACAAGACUGCUAGUACUACUCCAUUAUUUGAGAAACAUCUCCAUGAAAUCAAUAUGACAUUCAAACGAUCGGACGGAAAAGGGUUGACGAAAAACCAGCUCGCUGGAUUGAGAUACAACAUGAUCUUCAAAAGGGACUGUAAAGUAAUUUUCUAUGCACAUAGUAAUAAUACAGAAGGCAUAAAGGAACAGAUAUUGCUGGGGGCAAGCCCGGACUGUACUGACAUGAUGGGCAGAAGUGCCUUGCAUAUAGCUACUAGUAGGGGGCACAUAGAAGUUGUAAAGUUGUUGCUGGAAAGCGGCGCUGACCCCAAUCGGAGAGACCGACUUUAUAACACCCCACUUCAUUUGGCAGCUUGUAUACACAAUUUUGCGAUUAUUUCGCUGCUUUUAAAAGCAGGCGCGGAUGUGAGACAGCUGGAUGUGCGUGGUAAAAAUCCGUUGCAACUAGCCCAAGGCAAGCUGCAAUUACUGCAGCGCAGCUGGAGGGAAGGAUUGAUAGAGACGAUCCAAGUUCGCUCCGAACUGGAAUCUAUUGUGGAGAUCUUAAAAGAGGUUUUACAAGCGUCGGCUACUACUGACGUGGAUGAACUAAUGAGAAAGCUUUCAUUGAAUGCAGAAACUCCAGAAAGUGUAGAUAAUCAAAUGUCUAAACUACUUAAAGAACUGGAAGGGAUUAAAAUAUUAGAGUAACCCACUUUUAAUUUAUUUAAAUAUUGCUUUACAAUUUAUAAUCACAGAAAUAAGUUUUAAUACUAUGAUGUAACAUUUUUACAUUGUACGAUAAUUUGAGCAAACAAACAAGUGUACAAAUAAAUAAAUAUGGUGAAGAUUUUUGUAACAGAAA